AUGAGUCCGCCAUCUGGGUCAAAAGGAUUUCCGUCAUCUUCCAUGCAUAUCAGCAGGGAAGCAGUAACACCCAGCCGCAAACGAAAAGAAGUGGAUGAUACGGUAUCUAGAGAUUUUUCUAAUGAUAACGAUUUGUUCAACAAUCUGUCUCCACCGCCAGCAGAUCACCAACCUUCACCUUACUCUUAUCGAGGGCUGGAGAACCUUACAAAUUCUUGCUACAUGAACGCUACUUUGCAAGCGCUUGCAUCUGUAUAUCCGUUUUACUACCGCAUGCAAAUGAUCCAACAACGUCGUGAGGAUGGCGGCCAAUGUUCUGAGUUUGUUAGAAGAUUCAACGACGUGCUGCAUAAUCUUGUAUCCCCAGACCGAGAGCCAGAUAUGAAGUAUGGCUGCGCUACGAAAAUCUCG